AUGCCGUCCUACUGGGUCCCUCCCCCCGCGCUGUACCCGCUGUUCGUGGUGUUUGGCGCGGCGGCCACCGUGUGCACCUGGAGCGUGUUCCGCCAGCUGAAGUCCAACCCCGACGUGCACCUCACGUAUGCCCACCGCUCUGACGGCGCCGCCGAGGAGGGCACCACCCUGAAGCGGGCCAAGGAGUACUACAACUCCAUCUUCCGCCAGGCCUACCACCUGCGCGCCGAGGGCCUGGACCGCCCCGACACCCGCAUCUUCCGCUAA